GUUUCUUUUUUCUGAGAAACCUUGACACAAUUCCUGGAAAAAAAACACAUGCAGCUGAGUUUUUCCAAAUGUAAUUUUUGCAGCUUAAGCACUUUAAGCCAAGUGCCAUUAAGCUCCAUUAUAUUCAAGAGAUGGCAGACUGCAGCUGAUAUGUCCAAAACUGUCCAGAUGGAUGAAAGAAGUUCACACCUGAUUUGCUGUGAAAUCUGGGAGGUGUUGUUGGAGGACCCAGCAGGAGCCUGGAGGCAGUGAGGUGGAAGCCCUCAAGAAAGCCACUUAAUUCAUUCUGCCAAGCUUCAGAUAAGUGUUAAUGACUCUAUGUAGAAUCCUUACUACCAAAACUUCACUGACUCAUUCAGGUUUAUGACCCAGUUAUCAGUGGUUUAUUGCAGUGGAUGCACUCCGGUAGUUUCAGGGCUUCUUAUUUUGACGUUCUCUGCUCUGCCACUACAUCCUGUUUAUUUGACACAAGCAGAUGUCAGUGCGUCACCCUCACAUUCAGAAGUGCCUGCUGUCCUGCAAGUCCUCAUUACAAUGCAACACACCCAGCUCAGCACACUCACACAGUAUGCCCUUAAAAGGCAUUUUCCAACCGCCUGCUGUUUCUGCAGGGGACCUUCCUGCUCCUCGUUGCUCUUGUGCCUCCUCUACUGGUGAAAGAGGGAACAGGACCAUGAAACGUUGCUGGUCAUUAGAAGCUUUUUGUGAGGGCUUUAGUGUUAAAUCAGCUAUGGCACAGAGGUGAUAUAAGAUAACAGAGCAAACCAACUCUUAAUAUUUGUUUGUUGCUGUUUUUAGGAAAGGAGAAACUACGGGAACACGAGCUUUCCUGCAUGGUUGCUACUGAAGCAUCAAAGAUAAAAUGAUGAUUUUUUUUAACCACACUUUUGUGUCAUCCCGCAGCUCUUUGUGGGCAUUUUGAGUGUUUUUAAUUGAUUAAGAAUCUCUUUGAAGUUUAUUUUCUUCUCCCUGUAGUUUGUCUUGUUAUUAUGGGAUUGAUUAUUGAUUUUUAAUUGUUGUUUUGUGUUUCGUCACUGAGCUCUGUGACUUUCCAACAAUAAAUAUUAAGUUAUUUCAUACGUCUUCUGCCAGGAUCUAAACACGUCCUGAUAAAAAUGAGACAUGAAUGCUGAUCUGGGCCUUUUUUAUUAUCGGGGAUUAAUUCUUGCCUUUCACUUGGUAGAGGCAGGUUCAGAGCCCACAUAAGAUUUUUCAUAAUGUUACAGUUUUUACAGUUUAUCUUUCUAAAAGUCACAUUAAAUAACAUUGCAUAAAUAAAAUGAAUGACUAGGCUGGAGAAAAAUUAUUUAAGACUUCUGUAAAUUAAAAAAAAAAAACAAAAACUUGUCUGAAACACUUAAAGCCCUUUGUUGAGUACUUUUCCAGACCCUCAAAAACCCUGCAGCUGAGGAUGGCUGACUGUUCUUGAGUCUUUGAACGCACCCCGGCGACCUACGUCCGUUGUCCUCGCCCCCCUGACAUCACGGACAAGUCACAAUGCAACAUGUGAUCAUUUCGCGCUUUGAUUGGCUGCUGUUCCUUUAAGCACCCGGAAGUUUUGCUGUCUGAGGAUGGAAAGCUGGUAGCAGCGGUUUCGUUAGCAGAGCAUCAUGGGUAACACAGAGAGCGUGGUGGUGCAGAAGCGGCUGGCCCGUUUCCGUCCUGAGGAGCGACCCUUGGUUGAGGGGGUUUUUGACCAGCUCCUGGGCAGUGCUGGUGGCCCUCCGGGGGCUGCAGGGAAAACAGCAGCCGGGAGGACCAUAACGCUUGAGAUGCUGCAGUCAUUAAUGGGCAGCGUGGCACCAGACUCCAUGGUGAGGAGGCUCUACCAGUGCAUGUCCAGCAUCAGCGCUGGACUGGCAGCACCCACGGCCUCUGGGAGGACCGGAGGCUCCGGUCCCUCUGGAGUCAGUCGAGAGCAGCUGGUCGUCUUCCUCGCAGACACCCUGCGGGGAACUGCAGAAGAACGUGCCCCCCUAGUCUUGGCCAUGUCCCAGCAUGCAGGAGGGGUUGCAGCGGGCGUCACCUGUGAACAGGUGGUGGCGUUCCUACAGGACCUGAUCUCUGCUGUAGUUCAGAUUUUGGUCCACAGAGGACGCCUGCAGGGCUGGAAGCCCGACAGAAUGAGUGAUACCUCUCUGGGUGUUAAACUCCUGGCAGAGCAGAUGUGCUCUGAGCUCAAACCAUCAGAUGAGGGAGCUUGUGAUGUUCCCUGUCUGGAGGACUGGAUCUUCCGGGUCCCACAGGUAUCUCAGUAUUUGGAGCUGCUGGUAGCUGAGGGCCUGAGCGUGUCUCUGAGCGGCCGGCCGGCCCCGACGCUGCUGCCCCCCUGCAGGGAGACGCCUUGGCAAGACCUGAGGUGUCUGUUGGACCUCCCCACCCUCAUGUUUUUGGCUCCUCAGUUGCCGGAUGGCUGCGGCGCCCCCUGGAAGUUGAUGUUUUCCACUCGGCUGCACGGGGAGAGCUUCACCAGGAUGAUGGCCGGCUUGAUGAAGCGAGGGCCAACCCUGCUGCUUCUCAAAGACACUAAAGGCCAUGUCUUUGGGGGCUUUGCCUCCCACAGCUGGGAGGUCAAACCUCAGUUUCAGGGUGACUCCAGAUGCUUCCUGUUCACUGUGAGCCCCAAACUGAGAGUUUAUACAGCAACAGGAUACAACCAACACUUCAUGUACCUCAAUCAGAAUCAGCAGACCAUGCCCAACGGACUGGGUAUGGGCGGUCAGCACGGUUAUUUCGGCCUGUGGCUGGACAGCGACUUCGGCCAUGGUCAUAGCCGGGCACGACCCAAGUGCACCACGUACGGCAGCCCUCAGCUCUCUGGAGAGGAAGACUUCACCCUGGACUCCAUGGAGGUGUGGGCUGUGGGAAAACCCCCAGAGCCGGCGGAGGGUGAGGAGGGUGGGGGCAAGAAGAGCAUCCUGGAUGUGGAUCCAGAGGUCCAGGCCCUGAUGGAGAUAACAGGGAAGACUCUGCACAGUCAGGGCCUCAGAGAACCAGAGAAUGAUCAGGAGUGACUGUAAACAUACUCAGCUAUAUCAGAUUCAUUUGGCCUCAGACCUCCAGGAGCUGCUGCCUCUGUAAUGACCCCCACAGUCAAUCCUGAGUGGUUUUGAUGGGAGCUUAUAGGUGGUCUGUAAAGUGUCACCAGUGUGCAGGCUUCAGGCCUGCUGAUGGGCGUGUUCACACUGGUGUCUUUUUCUGAAAUCACUUCAUUACUAUUAAAAUAACUGAAGGAAAGGAGGUGCAGCAAAGCAGAGCAGGCAAAUCUACCCAGUAAUGAUCAUAAGGAGCUGUGAGAUAAUAUCCUGAUAAAGAUGUGUGCAAACAUCUGUCCUAAAGCAGUAUUAAUGAUGUUUUCAGUUUAUAACACUGGUGAUCACAGCUUCUUUUUCAUGGAUAAAGUUCAUGAAGACAUGAAACUGGAUACCUGUUUUUACAGCCUGGAUUCAUACCUGAGUUUAUUAUUUAUUGUUAAUUUUACUGGAGUAAGAUCAGCAGGUCUGUGCCCGAUCAUGCAGAGGACCAAUAAAGUUUGCAGCUGUGUGCUGGAUUCUGUGUUUGGACCUGGAUGCAACAGGAUCUUAUUGGUUAUUAACUAUGCAAACAAUUUUACACUAGUGCAGAUUAAAAACUAGAAUAUUGUGACAAAGUUCAUUUUUAAAAAUAAUUUAACCCUAAAGCUGAACUUUCAUAUAAUCUACAUUCAUUACACAUAAAGUGAAAUAUUUCCAAAUGCAUCAGUAUCUCAGAUUGUUAAAAUAUUUCUGCAGACCAAUCGAAAAAGGAAAAGUCCAACUAAGCAGCAGGUAUCCAUGUGAACAGCUGAGUGAGCAGGAAAACAGAGACACUUGUUGCAUUUACUGGCUGUUGUUCAUUUGAGAAGGCUGUUUGGUGACAGCACCCUCAGUUUAUGGGUUCAGCUGCUCGCAUGUGCCGGGUGAAGCUGGGUAUGGGUGUUGCUCAGUACUUCGGAUGCUGUUGCAGUUGAAUUGUGCACUGUCCUAAACCUACAUUAUUUCUAAUGGCCAGCCAGGGUGGACUAACACUUUCAAAAUGGAGUCUGUUUGCAUAUAAGUCUACAGAGGUCUGUGGAAAAGAGUCUUCAGCUCCCUGGAUCUGUGUCCUUGGUCUGAGUCACUAGUUCCAGCCCGUAAUGAAUAGACUGUAACAUUCGUUUUGGUCCCAUUAAGGUCAAAAAGGAUAAUAAAGCGUGGUGUGCUCUACCAUGUUGCUACCCUGUGAGCUGUAUUGUUUUUCAGCUCCAGACGCCGCCUCUUGGCAAAUAUCCAUCGGCUACAACUUUCAGUGCUGGGGUAGUCGGGACUGUCGAUCACAGCGUUCACGCCUCGGGCAGGUUUAUGGGUGCAGCUUGAUAGCCAAGCAUUAGCUGAUACCUUAUUUAUCCACCCUGUUGUUCAAAGCUGGCAGCAGACACAAGGCUUACACCGAGGCUUCAAAGUGCAGAAUCCAGGACGGGUGGAUAGUGACUCUGACUCGCUAUUGGGCCCAGCCUCGAGCGGCUUGUUUUAGCAGUUCUGUGGUUGGUGCUUUUUAGGAAGUACUCUAGAGGCUGAAGGCUGCUCACAGAUUUAGUCCACAUGCUGCAAAAUAAGCUGAGCUUUCUACAUUUAUGUAUAAAGAUGCAAUCUAUAAAAUGGGUCCUGCCAUCUUAUGCUGAUGAGGUUAUCUGCAGUGUGUGCAGGUUUGACCUGACAUCACCUGUUUACAAUAUAUUUUAGCUUCGCUUUGGUACAGUGAAGGAAGUGGUAAUGCAUCCAUCUUGAUAUACAGGCACUGAUGCAGCUUUCCUGAGCAGGCAUAGCUGCUGGUGCUCUGACUCAUGCUGUGGUUCAACCCGUGGUUACGUGGACAAAAUAAAAUGACAGGGUUCAGAAAACCAGCUUACUGAGCUGAGGUGCUGCAAACUGAGAGACCAGCAGGGUCACGAGACCAAAGAGCCGCUGACUGAACUCAGCUGUUCAUUAGAGCCAGUUAAUUCACACCCAGUGGAUAUGUAAACUGACAGUCAAUUCAGUUUUAUUUAUAUAGCCCCAAAUCACAACAAACAGUCGCCUCAAGGAGGUUUAUAUUGUAGGUAAAGACCCUCCAAUAAUACAGAGAAAACCCAACAGGCUAAAUGA